AUGGCUGAAUUCGUGCGCGCCCAGAUCUUCGGCACGACGUUCGAGAUCACAAGCAGAUACACUGAUCUGCAGCCUGUCGGCAUGGGAGCCUUUGGUCUCGUCUGCUCGGCCAAGGAUCAGCUCACCAGCCAGGCCGUGGCGAUCAAGAAGAUCAUGAAGCCCUUCAGCACUCCGGUCCUGUCGAAGCGCACUUACCGCGAGCUCAAGCUGCUCAAGCACCUGAGGCACGAGAAUAUUAUCAGCUUGAGUGACAUCUUCAUCUCCCCGCUGGAGGACAUUUACUUUGUGACCGAGUUGCUCGGAACCGAUCUUCACCGUUUGCUUACCUCCAGGCCACUGGAGAAGCAGUUCAUCCAAUACUUUCUCUACCAGAUCUUGCGUGGCCUGAAAUAUGUUCACUCCGCCGGUGUCGUCCACCGUGACUUGAAGCCCAGCAACAUCCUCGUAAACGAGAACUGCGAUUUGAAGAUCUGCGACUUCGGCUUGGCCCGUAUACAAGAUCCUCAGAUGACCGGAUACGUCUCUACCCGCUACUACCGUGCACCGGAGAUCAUGCUUACAUGGCAAAAAUACGACGUCGAGGUCGAUAUCUGGAGUGCAGGCUGCAUCUUCGCUGAAAUGCUCGAGGGCAAGCCCCUGUUCCCCGGAAAGGACCACGUGAACCAGUUCUCCAUCAUCACAGAGCUUCUCGGAACGCCUCCGGAUGAUGUUAUCCAAACCAUCUGCAGUGAGAACACACUGCGAUUCGUUCAGUCCCUGCCCAAGCGCGAACGCCAGCCCUUGGCCAACAAGUUCAGAAAUGCCGAAGCAGAGGCCAUCGACCUGCUCGAGAACAUGCUCGUGUUUGACCCAAGAAAACGUGUACGAGCGGAAGAGGCCCUCGCUCACCCAUACCUUGCCCCCUACCACGACCCUACCGACGAGCCCAAGGCGGAGGAGAAGUUUGAUUGGUCAUUCAACGAUGCUGACCUCCCGGUGGACACCUGGAAGAUCAUGAUGUACUCGGAGAUUCUCGAUUACCACAAUGUUGAUGCCACUGCACAGGAGGAGCAGAAUGUCAGCUAA